GUCUUCUCCGAUUUGCUCUCUAGACACUCACAGUAGGGUUUCUAAUUCGGAUCUGUACACCUUUUGCCAUGGAUGCUCGUAAGAGAGGACGGCCUGAAGCUGGCUCAUUCAACUCCAAUGGCGGUGGAUUCAAGAAGUCGAAGCAAGAGAUGGAAUCUGGUUUAGGAAGCAAAUCGAAGCCAUGCACAAAAUUUUUCAGCACUUCUGGCUGUCCUUUUGGUGAGAACUGCCAUUUCUUGCACUUUGUUCCCGGAGGAUACAAUCCUAUGGCACAGAUAACAAACAUGGGAUCACCCAUGUCUCAAGUUUCCAGAAACAUGCAAGGUGGUGGUGGUGGUGGUGGUGGUGGGGGCCGAUUUUCGGGGAGAGGAGAGUCUGGACCUGGCCACGUCUCUAGCUUUGGUGCCUCAGCCACAGCCAAAAUCAGUGUGGAUGCUUCCUUGGCAGGCGCAAUCAUUGGAAAAGGUGGAGUCUGUUCGAAACAGAUAUGUCGUCAAACAGGAGCAAAGCUAUCGAUCCAAGACCACGAGAGAGAUCCCAACCUGAAGAACAUUGAGCUUGAAGGAACAUUCGAGCAGAUCAACGAAGCGAGCGCAAUGGUUAGAGAGCUGAUUGGGAGGCUUAAUUCUGCAUCUAGGAGACCACCUGGUGGCGGUGGACUUGGUUCAGAAGGGAAACCGCAUCCAGGGAGCAACUUCAAAACGAAGAUGUGUGAGAGAUUCUCGAAAGGAAGUUGUACAUUUGGUGAUAGAUGUCACUUUGCACACGGGGAAGCAGAGCUACGCAGGUCAUGAAUUGCGCCUAGAGUUGCUGGUGGAGUUAGAGAGUGUGCUGGCGAAACAAGUCUCUUUCAUUUGUUGUGGUGAUUCCUAAUAUCAUCUUCUCCUACUUGUUUUUAGUUGUCUUUGUUUUUUGAGACUACAAUGUUUAGUUUUCAUUGUCAGUGUAAGUUUUCCCCAUUUGGUGUUUUUUUAGAAUCUAGUUUGAAUUUGAGACGGGGGGAUGCUUGAUGAAUGAUUGACAAAACAGUGGUUAGAUGCUGUUUCUACUUAAUAUUUCAUGUUUUCUCUGCUUUA